CAGCCCGAUAAGCCUCCUCCCCUCCCGCUUCGGGUUGUUUGAGCCCGCGCCCGCUCCAGUUGCUGCAACUGCCACUGCUGGCGGCUGCGGGGCGCGCGGGGCGCGCGCCGAAGAGGCUCGGGCUGCGAGAACGGGGACGAGGAGGAGCCCGAGGAGGCAAGGAGGAAGAAGCGAGCGGAGGCCGAGGAAGCUCAGGGUCACAGAGACCCGGCCCGAAGGGGUCCGGCAGAGCAUCGGCUAGCUGGCGGCGGAGGCAGGGCAGACCGCCGCAACCAACCUGCCGCGGCCCGGCGAGCACAGGAGGCGGCGAUCCAGGAGCGGAGCGCAGCCCGGGGGAGGAAGGGUGGCGCGGGCACGCCCGGGCGGGAGGGCGCAGAUUCUCCGAUCGUAAGGAGCUGUCGCUUCAUCACCCGAGAGAGCAGCGCGGGGACGGGCGGGAGACCCCGGGCCCGGGCGCAGCGCACACGCGUGGCGCACGCCAGGCGGGCCGGGCGGCGCCGAGGGCACGCGGGAUCGCGUUCACGGAGCUUCGGGCGGCCCAGAUCCCGGGCGCGGACGGCCCGCGGCGCCCCCUGGGCUCUCGGUGCUCCGCGCAGCCCCGGGGGCGAUCGGGGUCCGGGAGUGGGAGCCACCCUCCCUCAUCCCCUCCCCCCCCCGGGCCGGCCGGCAGCCCGGGGGAGGGCGGGCGGCGGCGCUUGGCUGUAUAUAUCUCCGCACAUCCCGCCAGGUCGCGCACAGCGCCCCGAACCCAGGAGCCUCCCCGCCCCCCUCCCGGCGCUCCGCGGCGGCGGCGGCAGCGGCAGCAGUAGCAGCAACAUGGCUGUUGAUGGGUGUUCGGGGUGGCGCUGGCGGCGGGAGGAGCUCCCUCGAGCCCCUGCGCCUGCCGUCCGUUGCUAGCUAUGGCAAACGGUGGCGGCGGCGGCGGCGGCAGCAGCGGCGGCGGCGGCGGCGGCGGCGGAGGCAGCGGUCUUAGAAUGAGCAGCAAUAUCCACGCGAACCAUCUCAGCCUAGACGCGUCCUCCUCCUCUUCUUCCUCCUCCUCCUCCUCUUCUUCUUCUUCCUCCUCUUCCUCCUCGUCCUCGGUCCACGAGCCCAAGAUGGAUGCGCUCAUCAUACCGGUGACCAUGGAGGUGCCGUGCGACAGCCGGGGCCAACGCAUGUGGUGGGCUUUCUUGGCCUCCUCCAUGGUGACUUUCUUCGGGGGCCUCUUCAUCAUCUUGCUCUGGCGGACGCUCAAGUACCUGUGGACCGUUUGCUGCCACUGCGGGGGCAAGACGAAGGAGGCCCAGAAGAUAAACAAUGGCUCCAGCCAGGCAGAUGGUACUCUCAAGCCAGUGGACGAGAAAGAGGAGGUGGUGGCAGCCGAGGUCGGCUGGAUGACAUCUGUGAAGGACUGGGCAGGGGUGAUGAUAUCUGCCCAGACACUGACUGGCAGAGUCCUGGUUGUGUUAGUCUUUGCUCUCAGCAUUGGUGCCCUCGUAAUAUACUUCAUAGACUCGUCAAACCCAAUAGAAUCCUGCCAGAAUUUCUACAAAGAUUUCACAUUACAGAUCGACAUGGCUUUCAACGUGUUCUUCCUCCUCUACUUUGGCUUGCGGUUUAUUGCAGCCAAUGAUAAGCUGUGGUUCUGGCUGGAAGUGAAUUCAGUAGUGGAUUUCUUCACAGUCCCUCCUGUGUUUGUGUCUGUGUACUUAAACAGAAGUUGGCUUGGCUUGAGAUUUUUAAGAGCUCUCAGACUGAUACAGUUUUCAGAGAUUUUGCAGUUUCUGAAUAUCCUUAAAACAAGUAAUUCCAUCAAGCUGGUGAAUCUGCUCUCCAUAUUUAUCAGCACGUGGCUGACUGCAGCUGGAUUCAUCCACUUGGUGGAGAAUUCAGGGGACCCAUGGGAAAAUUUCCAAAACAACCAGGCACUCACGUACUGGGAAUGUGUCUACUUACUCAUGGUCACGAUGUCUACAGUGGGUUACGGGGACGUUUAUGCAAAAACCACACUUGGACGUCUCUUCAUGGUCUUCUUCAUCCUCGGGGGACUGGCCAUGUUUGCCAGCUACGUCCCUGAAAUCAUAGAGUUAAUAGGAAACCGCAAGAAAUACGGGGGCUCCUAUAGCGCGGUUAGUGGAAGAAAGCACAUUGUAGUCUGUGGACACAUUACUCUGGAGAGUGUCUCUAACUUCCUGAAGGACUUUCUGCACAAGGACCGGGAUGAUGUCAACGUGGAGAUUGUCUUUCUUCACAACAUCUCCCCUAACCUUGAGCUUGAGGCUCUGUUCAAACGGCAUUUCACUCAGGUGGAGUUUUAUCAGGGCUCGGUCCUCAAUCCACACGAUCUUGCCAGAGUCAAGAUAGAGUCAGCAGACGCAUGCCUCAUCCUUGCCAAUAAGUACUGCGCUGACCCGGAUGCAGAAGAUGCCUCCAACAUCAUGAGAGUGAUCUCCAUAAAGAACUACCACCCGAAGAUCAGGAUCAUCACUCAGAUGCUGCAGUAUCACAACAAGGCCCAUCUGCUCAACAUCCCCAGCUGGAACUGGAAAGAGGGUGAUGACGCAAUAUGCCUUGCAGAGCUCAAGUUGGGUUUCAUAGCCCAGAGCUGUCUGGCUCAAGGCCUCUCCACAAUGCUUGCCAAUCUCUUCUCUAUGAGGUCAUUCAUAAAGAUUGAGGAAGACACAUGGCAGAAAUACUACUUGGAAGGAGUCUCCAAUGAAAUGUACACAGAAUAUCUCUCCAGUGCCUUCGUGGGUCUGUCCUUCCCUACUGUUUGUGAGCUGUGUUUUGUGAAGCUUAAGCUCCUGAUGAUAGCCAUUGAGUACAAGUCUGCCAACAGAGAGAGCCGAAGCCGAAAGCGAAUAUUAAUUAACCCUGGGAACCACCUUAAGAUCCAAGAAGGUACUUUAGGAUUUUUCAUCGCAAGUGAUGCCAAAGAAGUUAAAAGGGCAUUUUUUUACUGCAAGGCCUGUCAUGAUGACGUCACAGAUCCCAAAAGAAUUAAAAAAUGUGGCUGCAGGCGGCUUGAAGAUGAGCAGCCGCCUACCCUAUCACCAAAAAAAAAACAACGUAACGGGGGCAUGAGGAACUCACCUAACACCUCCCCGAAGCUGAUGAGGCAUGACCCCUUGUUAAUUCCUGGCAAUGAUCAGAUUGACAACAUGGACUCCAAUGUGAAAAAGUACGACUCCACGGGAAUGUUUCACUGGUGUGCACCCAAGGAGAUGGAGAAAGUCAUCUUGACUCGAAGUGAAGCCGCCAUGACGGUCCUGAGUGGCCAUGUUGUCGUCUGCAUCUUUGGGGAUGUCAGCUCAGCCCUGAUUGGCCUCCGGAACCUGGUGAUGCCACUUCGUGCUAGCAACUUUCACUAUCAUGAGCUCAAACACAUUGUGUUUGUGGGCUCCAUUGAGUACCUCAAGCGGGAGUGGGAAACACUGCACAACUUCCCGAAAGUGUCCAUAUUGCCUGGUACGCCAUUAAGUCGAGCUGAUUUAAGGGCUGUCAACAUCAACCUCUGUGACAUGUGCGUUAUCCUGUCAGCCAAUCAGAAUAAUAUUGAUGAUACUUCGCUUCAGGACAAGGAAUGCAUCUUGGCGUCACUCAACAUCAAAUCUAUGCAGUUUGAUGACAGCAUCGGGGUCUUGCAGGCUAAUUCCCAAGGAUUCACACCUCCUGGAAUGGACAGAUCAUCACCUGACAACAGCCCAGUGCACGGGAUGUUACGCCAGCCGUCCAUCACAACUGGGGUCAACAUUCCCAUCAUCACGGAACUCGCUAAGCCGGGCAAGUUGCCUUUGGUAUCAGUCAAUCAGGAAAAAAACAGUGGGACGCACAUUCUAAUGAUAACGGAGUUGGUGAAUGAUACUAAUGUUCAGUUUUUGGACCAAGACGAUGACGAUGACCCUGACACAGAGCUGUACCUCACACAGCCCUUUGCUUGUGGGACAGCAUUUGCCGUCAGCGUCCUGGACUCACUCAUGAGCGCGACAUACUUCAAUGACAAUAUCCUCACCUUAAUACGGACCCUGGUGACAGGAGGAGCCACACCGGAGCUCGAGGCUCUAAUAGCUGAGGAGAAUGCACUUCGAGGAGGUUACAGCACUCCGCAGACACUGGCCAACAGGGACCGUUGCCGAGUGGCCCAGUUAGCCCUGUUGGAUGGGCCCUUUGCAGACUUAGGGGAUGGUGGUUGUUAUGGUGAUCUGUUCUGCAAAGCUCUGAAAACAUAUAACAUGCUUUGUUUUGGAAUUUACCGGCUGAGAGAUGCCCACCUCAGCACCCCCAGCCAGUGUACAAAGAGGUACGUCAUCACCAAUCCCCCCUACGAGUUUGAGCUCGUACCGACAGAUCUGAUCUUCUGCCUGAUGCAGUUUGACCACAACGCUGGCCAAUCCCGGGCCAGCCUGUCUCAUUCCUCCCACUCCUCACAGUCGUCCAGUAAGAAGAGCUCCUCCGUCCACUCCAUCCCGUCCACAGCAAAUCGGCCGAACCGGCCCAAGUCCAGGGAGUCCCGCGACAAACAGAACAGAAAAGAAAUGGUUUACAGAUGAGCCGGAUAAUGCCUAUCCCAGAAACAUUCAAAUCAAGCCCAUGAGUACCCACAUGGCUAACCAGAUCAACCAAUAUAAAUCCACAAGCAGCCUGAUCCCUCCAAUCAGAGAAGUUGAAGAUGAAUGUUGACUCCCAGGAGACCAGAACUAUUUUUUUAAAGCCUGACAAACUUCAUAAAUGGUGACGUGACUUUUCUUCCUCUUACAUGCUGAAUCACUGGUGGAAAUUCUAGAAUAAGCAAGAAUUGCAAGAAAAUAAAGUUAGACAGAUCUUUCUCUUUGCCUUGAAUACUGCUUCCAUGUAUUUUGGAAAAGAAAAUGAUUUCAUUUAUAAAUGAACAUACUAAAAUAGUCAUGUAUAGCUUCUAGUGUUUUAAAUUAUUUUUAUUUAUUAGAAAGAAAAUAUAUUUUUUCUUUUUUUUUUCAUUGCCAGAUAUCGUCCCAUAUAUCACAGCAAUGCAAAAUCAAAAUGAGUUAGUGGCCAGAUUCCUUAAUACACAUUUCUCUUCUUUCUCUCUUUUUCUUUGAGGAGAAUGAUGGUCACCACCCCAAUUUGUAAAGAAGGGAAAUGGAUUACUAAAACAAAUUUAAGAUGGCCAACAAUGUAUGCACAUAGUUCAGUAAAUCAAAAAAAAAAAAAAAGUCAAAAAAGAGGAGGUGAAUAUUUCCCUCUCUCCUGGAUGGGUGUAUGUUUGAUCUGCAUUGACACCAGCUCUUAACAAAUCAAACUUCAUUUUCUUCCCAGUUGAAAGUCAUUAUCUUUGUAGUUUCAGUUUUCCUCCAGUGUUUCUUAUCCUUUGUUUAUAUAUUUAGAAGAAAGAGCUUCUUGUAACUUUUCUGCAGUUGCCAGAUCAGGUUUAAGCAGCCCGCUCAGGAUAUGGGGAAGGGUUAUAGGCACACCUAGAAUGUGAAGGUGUUGAGCCAGAGGCACCCAAGAGCAGGCUCUGUUGUUCUCAUGGUGAGGCCUCCUCCGCCAUGCUUAAUGCUCCCUGUUUCAUACUUCCAAGGCACCCAAGCAAGUCAUGUGGACUGUGGGAGGAUCUGCUAUGUUCUUUUCCCUGUUCAGAGCUUUUAGCCUGAAAGUUGGUGAACAUCAACGAAUACUUUACCUAACAAUAGGAUCUAAGAAGUAUGCAUGCUUAUCACAAAUUUUUGGUUUAGAAGUCAGACAAUGUCCAAUUGUCAAGGAGAUGACUUUUGCUCAGAUUUUCAUUUGUUGGCUUUCCUUGGUUGAAUUGCUGGGACAAAACAUUCAAACUCGCUAAAAUACUUACAAAAAAGAAAACAAACCAAUUAACCAACCAACCAACCAAACAAACAAAAACCAGUAAACAACCAAAAGGAAAGUAAGUCAUGCUUUUAACAUAGACUGUUAGAAAAAGGCCUUUGAAAAUUACCAGCAAUGAAAUAAAAUGUAUCAGCCACUUCAACCUGUGGAAAAAAGAUUUUUCUAGCCAUCAGAUGCAAUCGUGACGUCUGAGCUCUGCUGUUGCAUGCAUGCCCAGUGUACAGUCACCUCAACAACUGUUUCAUUCCAAUGACUCAGAAAGUCUUUUCAGCUUCACAGUGAUCAACCUUUGAUCUGAUCAUCAGGGUCUCUGGAGAAUUGUGGUCGUGACUGUGAUUUUUAUUUCCUUAGAAAUGUAAAAUGUGGACACUUUUCCAAACCAACAAAAAUUGCCCCUACAGACCCAUGACAUCUCUUCCAUGAACUCUUUAGGCCAUGAUUCUGUGGUACCUAGUUAUGAUAGUACAAAUCAGAUCAGAGAAAAGCAAUGUGAUCACCAUGGAAACAUAUGUCCACUAAGGACUCCAAUUACCAAUGUAGGCAAAAUGAGCUUCCACCUCUGUCCACUCCCUGCAGAGCCAAUAUAGCUGUGCUUCCACCUUGUAGGCAUUGUCCUGCAGUGACUUGUCAGACUGUGGUCACUCUGUUCUCACACUUUGUAGAAUUAGUUCUAUAAAAGUAUUGUGAAUAUAAUGUGUGUCCAAUUGGAUUGUUAACACAAAAAUAUUUAUAACCAAUCACUAGUCUACUCAGGCUAAAAUGAUGUCAGCAGUUUUAUAUUCAGGCUUAUAAACAUUUCUUGGUUUCCAACAGAACUCAGAUGUGUUGGUGGGGAGAAUCCACUGCCAGACUCUUGACAGCAUUCCUGAAAGCUAAGACUUCCUUUAACAUCAUGAUUUUGCAUUGGGGUUACCUAAGUACAUUCAUGUCAAUCCACGCUCUUCUUUCCUUCCUGAACCAUAGUAGGCUCUUCUUUACUUUCAUUCCAAUUAGCCUUACCUCUGAAUUUGUCUUAGUUCCUUGAUCGCCUAUGGUGACCAAUGCCUUUUACCUAAAUAAUCAGAAAAAUAAUGGUCUCAACACUCUACUCCAUGGAAGGCAGGAACCAGAAGCAUAACCCCUGUUUCCCACUCUAGCUAGAGAUUUAAAUCUAAAGUUGUUUCUCAACCACAAUGGCUCUAAUAGUUUCCUACAGUGACUCCCUCCAUUCACUAAGCAGCUUCUAAAACCCUAGAUAGUAGAAAUCUAUUUUCUUCUACAAUAGCGUAAUAAGUGAGGAAGAUGUCAACUAUGAUUCUCAGAUGGUACAGAAAAUGACCAUGAGGUGGUGGCCCCAUUUGGCAAAAACUCAUGGCAACUCAGUUGAAACAGAAAUAACAUUUGUUUAAGAAGAACUGGAGGGCUCAAGGCAACAUGCAAAGUUCCCAGUUUGAGUCUGUUGGUUGAGUUCUGAGUCCUCUGUAGGAUUAAGCAGUCUUUCCAUCCACAUUCACCUUAGGCCAAUGGUGGUCCUCUUUGGAAUAUUCCACAUUAGAAGGCUCUGAUCUUUAGUCCCUGAUUAGGGUUUCAGAAAAGCUAUCUUGGCAAAUUAAUGAUGCUUGGGUGCUUUGGGAAUCAGACCAUUUGUAAAAUAGAAACUACCUGUGUACAUCAUUGUACAAUGAUGUACCUGUGAACAUUGUAUCUGUGUACAUCAUUGCCAUCACCAUCUUUCUCAUGAAUGCAGUUUGUCUUUGUCUAAGCAACUGUAUUUUGAAAUCACUCUCCCCUGCUGUAACCAAUAGAAGACAUUCACUUAAGGUGUUUUAUAUUUGUAAAUUGAUUACAUCUAAGUCACUUGGAAGAACAGCCUUCCUUCUACAAGUUACACUUUGUUUUUGUUAUUUGUUUGUUUGUUUUUAAGUGUUGGAAGACUUCAGUAAAGGAAUUAGAAUGGUUUGGGUUGAGUUGCAAGUGUAGACUAGGAAAAUGUAUGAAAUUAUAGAUAUUUUAAAUGGAGAACAGAAAAUUCCCAACUGUGCCUGAUUUAGAAGUUCAAGAGCACUCAUAUACUUUUAGCUAUUAACUAUAAAAAUAUUCUUUAAAUUUUUCAAGUUUCAUUGACUUAAACAUGAUGUUGGUUUGUAGAGAUGGCAAAGGUCUUUUUCAGACCAACUAAAGCAGUGGUUGCCUUAAUUCGGCCAAGCCCUGGGAGACUAUUUUUUCCAGAGCUGUAAUUAUGGCUCUUCUAGCCAUAUUAUCCAUAUAGCAUUUCUGAGCUAAACACAGCAUUCACUCUCUGCUCUGGAAAAAUAACAGUCAGGUUUGUUUCUAUGUUCUCCAGUUUGAAAGCUCUUAGAGUGGAGGUACAAAGGUUUCCCUUCAGACUCACCUCCACCACUGAAGAGCUGGUUUUAGUCAUUCUGGUUUCUCUUUACAGCCUUCCUUCCCACCUUCCCUGUCUCUUGGUGCAGUGGAGAUUUAGAUGUCAGCAGUUUUAUACUCCAACAGUAUGUAGAGAGAGUUUGGACAACCCUACUCUGUGCUGCUGCUGUUAUUCCCAUUCAUCUCCCCUCUCUACACUCACCAUUGCUUCUCAUUUCGUUCCAUUUGUCUGGUUGUGCUCAUGUUAGCACAAUGUCUUUGCUGCUUACAUUCAAAAGUGCCAUUAUGAGUUGUCAUUUUCAUUAUCCAGGAGGACCUUAUGGAAAGAAUGAUAGAAAGAGGUAGAAAAGUACAAGGAAAAUCAGUAUCAGACAAGUAACUCAGAGUCAUCUCGAUUACCAAGAGAUCACACAAAUUCACUGAACAUUGAGUUCCAGCCCAAGAUCUGCCCAUUUUUAUUUUAACCAUAUUUUCUGCUUUUGGAAUGGUGGAAAGUCAUAGAUACAGUAGCCCUCACUACUUAUCACUUUAUCCAUCAUUUCCAAAAACUUAAACAAACUGAAGAAUCCCUUUCAACUUUCCUACUAGAUUCUCUUUCUGCUUCUGCUGCUUCCCCCAUGUUUUAAACAAGUAUGUUUCUGCAAUAGAACAAUAAUUUCUCAUUUAAAUCUCAUGACCUCUUGAUAAAACAAGGAAUCCCUUUGGACUCAUUUAGGUUAUUUAAGCUAAGUUUACCUUAACUGGUCAUUGCACAUACCUAUUAAUAAUUCCAAGAUUACCACUAAAAUAAGGCUAUGCAGAGGACAUUUUAAAUUUCAGUUUUGAAUACCUAUGGUAAGAGUGAUUUUAAAAUAUUUAAAAUAUUAAGAAAGGGACCCAUGUAGCCCUACACUUGUUAGAGUCCCCCUGCAUUCCAGUCUCACAUGGCUUCAUGGAGAAAUGAUUCUCUUUUAGACUUUUUGUUCUAGAUCACUCUUUUUAACUGUGCUUUUGAGCAUGAAAAUUCACAACUCAGAGUAUAUAUCAAAAGGUUAGAAGGAAGAACAAAAAGAGAUAUAUGCAACACUUUAAGAAGCCCUGGAAAGAGGUGGUACUUAUGUAGAAAAGAAGAGGUUCCCUUGAACCAUGAAUGGGAAAAAUGAUAGGCUGGGCUGUGGAGACUUUUCAAUAGGAAAUACUUAGUGUGACUGGAGGCACAAGGAUCCUGAGAUUUUUUUCCAAUGAAAGGGACCUUCACGAGCUAUAAUACACUAGUACCAAGGCAAUUUUGCUUUAUGGAGCAACUUACCUCCAAAAAUAAGUUUGUGUCCAUGCACUUAUUGAAAAUAAUGUAUGGCAAGAGUUCAUGGAAGGAACUAGGAAGUGGGUGGUUGAAGAGCCAAAUUUAAUUGGAGCUUUGAUUUAGAAAGUCAGAGAGAAUCACUGAAAGGGCCAAACAAGAGUGAUGGAUAAUGGUGACUGUUCCCUUUGGGGUUGAAGCCUUUGAGACAUUCUAUUCUUUCUGAAAGUACCACAGAAACAUAGGCUCUCAAGCUGAACCAUCUCUCAGCAGCUUGAGAUCCUGUGGUUGCACUCAAUGGCAGCUCACCAUGAAGAACACCUACCUUCUUCCUACAUUUCUACCCUGUCAUGCAGUACUCAAUUAUUAAAAUACCCAUGGGUCCACCACACAGAUUAAAUAAAGGAAAGGAAUAGAUUUUCAGAUUUUUUAAAAAAGAGUCCUGCUGGUUAUACUAUUUUACAGACACUAAUAUAACAGACACCAGGGAGACCACCAAGAAAUCAUAGAAUAAUCAAGAAUUCAGUUGGAGGAAUGAGUAUGACACAUUCUUGCUUGCAGUAAGCUUGAAAUCCAACUUAAAAGAACACCCUAAAGAGCCAGUAGAGACAGAAUAAGCAUGUAUAUAACACCGUCCUCCAAUAGAGCAGGAGAUAAGAAACAAGCAGUUUGAAGUGGUUAAUCAGGCGUUGUAGACUUGAUGGGGUUUCAGAGUUAGGUAUGCUGAGGAGCAACAUCCCAGCUCAUUCAGGAAUGUGGAUGGAUCAAUGAUUUCAUGAGUUGAUCAAGUAGUCCCCGGGCACCUGUUGCUGGCAGCUUGUCUCCCUUCUUGGCAACAGGAGACAUGUUAUAUAGAACAUGCAUCCAAUGAAGACUUUUAAUUAGAUGGGCUACAUGGCAAGUAAGUACCGUGACAGCUGUGGAAGUUUGACUUGGAUUCUAAGGAUGGGUAGGGUUUGAAAGUGUCUGUAAAAAGUAAUGGUUUGCUGCAGACCACAAGGACAGAGCAGUGCAGAGGGACAGAAGAGGAGAAGAUGAGAAUGUGAGACAACAAUUUAGGCAGCUGAGAAAGGGGCUGCUUUCUUCCCUAUAAAAAGGAGGGGAGAGAUCCAUCCCCACCAUGAAGGUGUUCUGAACUGAAGAUGCAGACAGAGCUGAGAAGAUGUUUUGGGAGGGCCAGAUCCUAAGGAAGCCCCCUUUAUCCCCCCUCUGUGACCAGGUAAUUAUAAAGGGAGAAGUUUGGAUGAGGUUUUUUAAUAAAAAAAAAAAAAACAUAGGCUUGGAUGACUGGUCAGUAGAACUGUCUGGAGGCUACAGCCAAGUUUUCAGGGCUUCAGUGGACCAAAUCAAGAUGAUAUGAUCAGGACAGAAUGUCUAUUUAGUAUUGGGAGAGUGGGAAACAGAAAGGGUGGGGUUAUAAAUCGAGAAAAUGAAGCACUACAUGAGGGCUGAGGUGCAGGGGAUCUGAAAUAAUGACUCAGAAGUAAUGAGGCAGACUGAAAGGACCAGUUUCCCCUUUGUCUUUAUCUCAUGUGGUUGCCAUGAAGACUGGAUUGAGUGGGGAAGUUGCAGGCCAUUCUAGGUCGGUUUUCACACCACAGAAAUGGGGGCUACACGGGGGAUCUAGGUCAUCAGCGUGCCUUCUAAAGUACCCACAGAGAGGACCUGAGAGGUGUUUUAUCAUCAGCUCAUAUCAGCCCCAUUGUACCUCAUCCCUCAUGCAUAGCACACCUAGAACCUUCUAGUUGCAACAGUCUUAAUACACAAAAAGCUAAGGUCACCUUGUUCUGGUGGCUUUUCUGGACCGGGGUAAACAGAAAUGCUUUUUGGUCAAGAGAAAACUGAGCUCCUUUCUAGGUAGAAUAUUACAUCGAAAAGAGCUUUCCCCCGGUCUGUUUAUCCCACGAGGAACUUCUGUGUUUCUUCUUGUCCUCCAAAGCUGACCCCAAAGCUCUCCAGGGCCUGUCUUAGGAAACAGCACCUGUCCUGCUGUUUAGAGUCUUAGAUGGAAAUGUACACACACAACACAUGUGCCUGUCAAAGCAUCCCCGAACUUCCUGCCCAGGAAUCCGGGAGGUAGUCAUCCAGGAGGAGGUAGUCAUGGGGGAAGGAGCCCCUGUAAUGAGACAAGUCAAGCCCCAGGUCUCCACGAAACCAGAGCCUUUUCCCACCCCAGUACCUCCGUUCCCCUUUCCCUUCCGCUGUGUACACAUUUGACCAGAACUGCAACAUUUCAAACGUAAACCCAGAUCUGCCUGGAAAUCCUAAUUAAAAACCUUCCGUUCCCAGGUGGUACAAUCACAUCCUGCCUAAAGUGUCUGGCUCACGUCCCACCACGCAGAUGCCGAAAAGAGACCUUUCCCCACUUAACACCAAAACCUUCAUUUGGGAUUUCUUCAGGGGACAAAGGGAAAAAAAACCAAUUCAGAAUUCAGAGGUACCCAUAUGCAGAGGUCAGCCUACAACACAUUCAUUAAGGGAAAAGAGCGUGGUUUGUUUCUCUGUCUUUCACACUUUGAUUGCUGGCAUGGCGACUGUGGCUAUGAUAAACUGUGUAACCAGACAGGAACUGGAGAAGAGAAUAAAUGCUGGUGCUCUGAAAUGACCUACCCAACCCUGUCAUCUGUAACAACCAGUGAUAACACUCUUGUCUUGUAAAAAGGGUUUGUACAUAACUUGUACAUGGUUUCAUUUUGUAUUUUUCGCAGAUUAAAAAUUUAUGUAUUUGUGUUCUAAAA